AUGGCUUCACCAGCAAAUCCGAAAUCCCACUUUCAUGCUCGCUCUGUAAGCUUGCCUUCCAAGCCUAACCCCCUCAUAUCUCAAGCAGAGGAUUACUUGAGGAGGAUCAGAAGUUCAGAAGCAGCCACCACCAGUUCCUUUUCAUCAUUGAGUGUCAUGAUACACGGUCUUGCGGACUUUUACGACUCUGUUGAUGACUUGCUUCUCUUGCCACAUACCCAACAGGCCUUCGUUCAAGAGGGCCCCAAUGAGGUGCUUGAGAGAUCCCUUAGUCUCCUGGACAUUUGUAGCACUGGCAAAGAUGUCGUAGCACAGACAAAGGAAACUGUGCAGAAGCUACAAUCGACACUGCGCAGGAGAUGGGGCGAUGAACUGGCGCUGAGAAAUGAGGUCGGGGCAUACUUGGCCUCCAGGAAGAAAGCAAAGAAGACAAUUCAAAACCGCUUGAAAAAUUUGAAGAUCAAAUCGACCAUCUCUUCUUCUGAUCAAAGUGGUGCGACAAUUGUUUCCAUGUUAAGAGAAGCAGAGGGAGUUGCUCUCAAGACUAUAGUAUCGUUGUUGACAUUAGUACGUGGAAAGUCGGUGAGCUGCUCUUUCUUCUCCAAAUGGAUGCAUUCCAACCAAGUGGCGGCCGAUGAGAGAGCGUCCAACCGCGAAUUAGAGAUCGUGGAUGCUGCAGUUGAUGCCCUCCUGAGCCAUAAGAAUGGAAAAGCAAGUAACAUUAGAAUGGAACAUGUACAGCAAGUCAUGGAAGAACUUGAGUCCUACAUUCAGGACAUCGAAGAAGAGAUGGAGCGUCUGAUCAGGCGCCUGAUCAAAACCCAAGUGUCCCUCCUCAAUAUUCUCAACCACUAG